GUGGUAAUGCUCUGUCUUGCAGUCCAGUUGUUUGAGCCUGACUUGUAUUGGUGGGGGAAAAUGGCCCUCCUGUGCUACAACCAGGGCUGCGGUCAGUGCUUCGAUCCUGAGACCAAUUCCGAUAGUGGUUGCACCUACCACCCAAGUGUUCCAGUCUUUCAUGAUGCAUUAAAGGGUUGGUCUUGCGGUAAGAGAAGAACAACUGAUUUUUCUGAUUUUUUAAGCAUUAAGGGCGCUACAAAAGGAAAACAUAAUAGUGAAAAGCCACCUGAGCCAGUCAAACCUGAAGUCAAGACUACUGAGAAGAAGGAACUAUCUGAAUUGAAACACAAAUUUCAGGAGCACAUCAUUCAAGCCCCUAAACCAAUAGAAGCAAUAAAGAGGCCAAGCCCAGAUGAACCAAUGACAAAUUUGGAAUUAAAGGUAUCUACUUCUCUUAAAGAAGCACUUGAUAAACUUAAACUGUCAUUGGGGAAUGAAAAAAAAUAAAGAUGAAAACAGUCAUGAAAUUAAAAUGGGGACUUCAUGUAAAAAUGGAGGGUGUUGAAAGACAUACCAGGGUCUGCAGAACCUAGAAGAAGUCUGUGUAUAUCAUUGUGGAGUACCUAUUUUCCAUGAAGGGAUGAAACACUGGA